AGCCCUCUGCAGGCAUUUGCUUCGGGCUCCAGGACCAUCUCCUCCUCGCUGGUGCGUCUGGGCUGGGACAGUGAAAAUGUUUAGUGCCAUCGGCAACAAAUACAUGUACAAGGGACCCCAAUAGGCAGGCUGGUGUGUUGGGGGGCAGGAAGCAAGCAGUGAAGCCCGACACAGAUGUGCACACACACGUGUGUGUGUCGCUGGCCACAUGUGUGUGUAAUUUCAGAAGAGACUUUAGUUUUGUUUUUGUUUUGGUUCCUGGAGUGAAUUUGCUGUUGAACAUUUCCCCUCCUAUUGAAUUUUGUUUUUGUUUUUGCAUUUUUAAAAAAAUUUCAAUAUAAAAAGUGUAAAGAGUCAACCUUUUGAAAGGACUGAGGUGGGCAGCAGACAGCAGAUGGAUCCUGUGGCCAGCAGCUGCAUGAGGAGCCCCCACCCCCCUGCCCCUGUCUGGGGCUGCCUUCGAAACCCCCACUCGGAAGGCACGGGGGCCUCAGGGCUACCCCACUACCCGCCAACCCCAUUCUCCUUCCACCAGAAAUCAGACUUCCCAGCGACAGCUGCCUACCCCGACUUCUCGGCCUCUUGCCUGGCGGCCACCCCACACAGCCUACCCCAAGAGGAGCGCCUCUUCACUGAGCAGCACCCCGCUUUCCCGCAGCCUCCUGACUGGCACUUCCCUGUCUCCGAGGCCCGGCAGAGGCUCAACCUGGGCCCAGCUGGAGGCUCCAGGGAGAUGGGAGCCAGCAGCCCAGGCCUGGUAGACACCAUGGGAGGCCCAGGCGAGGACUACGGGGUGCUUGGGAGCACGGCCAGUGAGACGGAGAAGAAAUCAUCCAGACGGAAAAAGGAGAGUUCAGACAAUCAAGAGAACCGAGGGAAACCAGAAGGCAGCAGCAAGGCCCGGAAGGAGAGGACAGCCUUCACCAAGGAGCAGCUGCGGGAGCUGGAGGCUGAGUUCGCGCACCAUAACUACCUGACCCGGCUCCGCAGAUAUGAGAUCGCGGUAAACCUGGACCUCUCUGAGCGACAGGUGAAAGUGUGGUUCCAGAACCGAAGGAUGAAGUGGAAGCGUGUGAAAGGGGGUCAGCCUGUCUCUCCCCAUGGGCAGGACCCUGAGGAUGGGGACUCUGCAGCCUCUCCAAGUUCAGAGUGAGGUUCUCCAUGGAGAAAAUAAAGACUAAGGACUGAGCCCCCUUCCCAACUGCCCCUUCCCUGUCCCACCUUCACC